UUCUCCGAGUCUAGUCAAGUUCCGCCAAACAUAAUCUUCCUCCUGGCGGAUGAUCUGGGCUGGGCGGACGUCAGCUUUCGUGGAGAUCCGCAGAUACCAACUCCGAACCUGGACGUCCUCGCCUCGCAGGGAAUCAUCCUCAACAACUACUACGUGCUGCACCUCUGCACUCCCUCCAGGGGGGCUCUGAUGUCGGGUCUAUACCCCAUUCACACAGGUUUACAACAUUACGUCCAAUUACCGGCGGAGCCGCAUGGGUUGCCGUUAAACGUAACCAUCAUGCCUGAGCACCUGAAGAACCUGGGAUACACCACACACAUGAUCGGAAAGUGGAAUUUGGGUUACUACAAAGAAAGCUACACGCCGACCCGAAGAGGUUUCGAUUCGUUCUAUGGCUUCCUCAACGGUGGAGAAGACUACUAUGACCACACGAUACUCUUUGCCAACGCAAGCGGUCUGGACUUUUGGGAUGGCACGACCCCAGUGAGAAAUCAGUCGCACCAUUAUUCGACUGAUCUAUUCACCAAAAAAGCCUUGGCUCUUAUCAAUGAUCACGAUCAAGCAAAGCCAAUGUUCCUGUACUUCAGUCAUCAAGCAGUGCACUCUGGAGACUUCAAGGUGGAACUAGAGGCACCUGCAUCGGCUAUUGCACAUUUCCCCUACAUUAAGGAACAGAACAGAUCAAUAAUUGCAGGUGCAGUGUACGAGCUGGAUAAAUCCGUUGGACUGGUGAUGGAGGCACUCAACAAGCGGGGCAUGCUGAGUAACAGCAUCGUUGUAUUCAGCACGGAUAAUGGAGCUCUUCCAUGGGGCGUACAGUCCAACAGCGGCUACAACUGGCCUCUGAGGGGCGCCAAGUUCACGCUCUGGGAAGGGGGCGUCCGAGGAGCCGCCUUCGUCUGGAGUCCUCUGCUGUCCAAGUCUGGACGUCUGUCCAAUCAGUUGAUGCACAUCACCGACUGGUUGCCAACUUUCUAUUCAGCAGCCGGAGGAAAUUUGUCAAAGCUUGGCAACAUCGACGGCAAGGACAUGUGGAAGGCCCUAUCUGAAGACCUGGAAUCCCCUCGGCAAGAGGUCCUCAUUAAUAUUGAUCCAACGGACAACACCUCGGCGCUGAUUGUCGGGCGACACAAGGUAGUCCUGGGAUCGUACAACGAAGGAAUGUACGACCAGCGCACGAAGGCUCCUGGAGGCUCUCGUCCCGUGGAUGGUCUAGACCAAAUGAUGCUUUCUUCUCAAACUGGAGAAGUGCUGAAAGAUUUCUACAACGUAGCCCAGCUCACAGUUAGGCCUAACUGGCGCAAUGAAACCGUCGUGAGGUGCGACCAGUAUGCCCCCCGUGACAACUUCGUAGCUGCCAGCCCUCCAUACUACUUUGACCUUGAACAUGAUCCAUGCGAGCUGAACAACUUGGCGGCUUCCAACGUGACGGAACUUAUGGAGCUCACCGAGAAGAUUGAGGAGUACGCGAAGGGUAUGGUGCCGCCCGGAAAUCAACCGCUAGAUCUCAUUGGAUUUCCAGAAUACAACGACGGCUUGUGGGGCCCUUGGGAAUGAAAACUUUUCAAAAGAAUAUCGAACAAUUUUAGUAAUACUAUAAACGCUUGAAUAAGAAAAAACAAAACAAAAAAACUUGGAAUAUGUUAUUCGCCAAUGAAAAAAAAAAGAAUA